AUGAUUGUUCAACCCAUCGUCUCUAACAAGACUGCGAAUUUAGCCAAAGCCGCUAGCGCCGAGAUUGAGUCAUACUGGCCAAUGAAUUCUAACGUCACUGACUUCAUCAUGAAUGUCGGUGCUGAUGGCAGUGGAUGUGGUGCGCUUGUUGCUGCUGCUACAUCUCCAGCUGGUGGAUAA